UUAAAAAAAUGUUGAUCGGUUUUAUUGGAUCAGGCAAAAUUGCUCAGGCUUUGAUUAAGGGUUUCACCAGUGCCGGAAUAUGUCGUGUUGAAAGUAUAUUGGCAAGUGCUCCAAAAGAGGAUUAUACAAAUCAUUAUAAAACUCGUGACAUUGGCUGCCGUACUACAUAUGAGAACAAAGAUGUGCUCAAACAUUCGGACAUAGUGAUUUUAGCUGUAAAACCACCGAUUGUACCUCAAGUAUUGGCUGACAUUAGUAGUUUUGUCACACCUAAGCAUCUGAUGAUUUCGAUUGCUGCUGGCAUUAAAUCGAAUUCGAUUGAAAAAUUAUUACCGGAACAAUCCAAAGUGGUUCGAGUGAUGCCAAACACCCCAGUAUUAAUCAAACAAGGUGCAAGCGUAUUUUCAUUAGGACGUAAUGCACAGAAAUCCGAUGGAGAUGUAGUAAAAAAAUUGUUUGAAAGCGUUGGCAUUUGUGACCAGGUACCAGAAAAUUUGAUCGAUGCAUGUACGGCUCUGAGUGGCUCUGGACCUGCUUACACUUAUAUGUUUUUGGAGGCAAUGGCUGAUGCUGGUGUACUGCAAGGAUUGUCUCGUGAACUUUCCUACAAUCUGGCUGCUCAUACUUUGAUUGGUGCAGCUAAAAUGGUUUUGGAAACAAAAAAACAUCCAGCUGGAUUAAAGGAUGAUGUAUGUUCACCAUCUGGCUGUACGAUUAAUGCAAUGUAUAGUUUGGAAAAGAAUGGUUUCCGAACAGUACUUAUGGAUGCUGUUGGUGUAGCCACAGAAGUAGCACGAAAAGAUGAACAAUAAUUUUGGUCAAUAAAUCAAUUAUAUAAAUAAUGACUAACAAAAUGUACUUAGAUUGAUCGAUCAGACAAUUUUAUUUUUGCAUACUUUGCAAAACUGAUACGAUUAUCAACAAUAAUAUAUAUUCACACACACACACACACACAUACACAAAGACAAGUAAGCAAACAAAGGAGCCAUUUAUUUUAAUUAUUAAAUCAAAAAUAUUACAUAAUAAAUAAUCUUGAUCUUUUU